CAAACGUCAAUUCUCCAUUUUUCUUUUUCACUAGUUAUUGUGUGUAAUUUUAAUAUUUUUGAUUAACAAUCGUGUUUUAUUAAAAAAUACAUAGAAAGAUUAGCAAAAUAACAAGUAAUUACAACUUUUCGCAAUAUGUCUUUGUCUAGUCUGUUACCUACACCCACAAAUGCGGUGUGGGAUCGUGAAGAUGAAAGACGCGUGGCUGCUAAAGGUGCACCAAAAAUAGGUGCCUUAGUAUCAGCUAAAAUAGCUGCACCUCCUUAUGGCCAACGCAAGGAUUGGGUACCACGAACAGAAGCCGAUUUCGGCGAUGGUGGUGCGUUUCCUGAAAUACAUGUAGCUCAAUAUCCUUUGGGUAUGGGAGCUCCGGCAAAUUUGGGUAAAAAAUCCAAUGCUUUGGCCGUACGUUUGGAUGAAAAGGGAAAAAUAAAAUAUGAUGCCAUAGCACGUCAAGGACAUGGUAAAGAUAAAAUUGUUUAUUCAUCCAUUUCCCAAUUAUUGCCUGCAGAGGUUUUAUCAGAGGAUGCAGAGGAACUGCAAAGGCCAGAUGCCGAGACAAUAGCUGAUACUACUGAAGAGACAAGAAGAGCAUUGGAAAAGUUGACUAGUCAAAAAAUAGCAGCUGCUAUGCCUGUCAGACAUGCCGAAAAGGGUGCUCCAGCACAGUAUAUUCGCUACACGCCUUCACAACAAGGUGAUGCUUUUAAUUCGGGUGCCAAACAGCGUAUUAUACGUAUGGUGGAAGCGCAAGUAGAUCCCAUGGAACCACCUAAAUUUCGUAUUAAUAAGAAAAUACCUAGAGGACCACCUUCACCUCCAGCACCGGUGUUACAUUCGCCUUCGCGUAAAGUAACCGUCAAAGAACAAAAAGAGUGGAAAAUUCCUCCUUGUAUAUCGAAUUGGAAAAAUGCUAAAGGUUAUACAAUUCCUCUAGAUAAACGAUUAGCAGCCGAUGGUAGAGGUUUGCAGCAAGUUCAUAUUAAUGAAAAAUUCGCAAAAAUGUCUGAAGCUUUAUAUAUAGCCGAUCGUAAGGCUCGAGAAGCCGUUGAAGCUAGGGCUCAAUUAGAGAAAAAAUUGGCACAGAAAGAAAAGGAAAAGAAGGAGGACAUGUUGCGAAUGAUGGCCCAGAGAGCUCGAGAAGAACGUGCUGGUAUACGUAAUCCCACGGAGGAGGCACCCGGUACUAGUGCUGAGGCCAGAGAACGUAAUGAAUUACGGGCAGAACGACAUCGUGAGAGACAGCGCGAUCGCAACUUGGCAAGGGCAGCCCCUGACAAGCGUUCCAAAUUACAAAAAGAGCGCGAGCGUGAUAUUUCAGAACAAAUUGCCCUCGGCAUGCCUGCAAAGUCAGCGGGCACCGGUGAGGCCCUUUUCGAUCAACGUCUUUUCAAUACCACUAAAGGUAUGGAUUCCGGUUAUGGCGAUGAUGAAGCUUACAAUGUAUAUGACAAGCCAUGGCGUGAUGCCAACUCCUUGGGCAAUCAUUUGUAUAGACCAAGCAAACAAGCUGACAACGACGCCUAUGGAGCCGACUUAGAUCGUAUUGUAAAUACUCAACGGUUUGUACCCGACAAAGAAUUUUCGGGUACAUCGAGAGCUGGUGGCAGUGGUGCACCUUCACGUAGUGGUCCCGUUCAAUUUGAAAAAGAAGAGGAUCCCUUCGGUCUCGAUCAGUUCUUGAACAUGGCUAAGAAAGCUCCUAAAAGAGGUGAAGAUAAAAGUGAUCGUUCUGGUGGUAGUUCGGAUAAAAAACGAAGAAAAGAUUAGGACCGUUUCCAAUAUACAUACACACAAACAAACUACUAUUUGACUUAUAGUUCUUUUUAUCUAUUAGUUAAGAAUAUUUUCAACAUUUCCUUUAAAUACUAAGGGAUUUUGUUAAAUAACAAAACUUUGGUUACAAAAUGCAUUGUAAUUAUUUUUAGGUUUAUAAAGAAUGACGACAGAUAAUUUUGUCCUACUAAAAA